UCCUAAAUGAAAAAGUUGCAAAAAGAUGAUCAAGCCCGUUUUUUUCCUACUUCUUCUGAGGAGGAUCCCGCCCGUAAUCCUUCGCUUCCGCCGGUGUAGCUCACUCGUCGCCUCCAUUUCGGCGACCGCCCUUUUUCCCUCCGUCGCCGCCUCUUCACCGAGCUGAGCGGGCGUCGUGCAUUCGUCGCGUACAGAAGCGACGAACUUUAGGGAUGGCGGGCAGCUCAAGCAACAACUCCAGCAAGCCUCUGCCAACUUAAGUCCCGUUAGCUUCUCUUGAUCACGGCAGCAAGCUCCUACUUGAAUUGCAGGGGACUGGAGAAGGUCUGGCCGAAUGCCCAGUUGGAAGGAACUAUGUUAGGGAACACCAAUGUCUGUCCAUCACUGGUGGUGACCUUGAAGGAGAGAGACUGACGGGUGAGGUAGCUGUUAGAUUGCCAAUUCACGCCCCAAUUCCUCGACAUUGAGAGCCAGUCAGUUUGGGACCCUUUUACUGAUAUGGCCUGUAUUGAUCCAGCGGCGCCAACAUUGGUCACUAGAACAAGCUGAAAAUAGUCGUGCCCAUUGAUGGUGAACCUUACUCCGCCAUGCUUCUUGCAUGGUACCCUAUAAAGAUUCAUCAGGAAGAUGAACUUCUUUAGUGAGAGGCAUCACAUGGUCACACGCUGAUAACAGGUUUCAGCACAUGGAUCAUGAAACCAGUGGCACUAAAAAUAAAAGAGGAUACAAAUAUUUUUUUGUUUGGCUUGGAUUGGUUUCAUUCAAAGUAUGAAGCAUAUACUUCCCAGCCAAAUAAAAAACCAUCAAAGGCUACAAGUGAUCGAUCUACCAUUUGGGAAAGGGAAAUAUGCUCCUGUGCUCUCACCUAGAUCUGAAGGUGAAGGGACUGAUACUUCAUCUCGUUGCCCUACCGACGAUUCUGCCGUGCUGUCGCCGUCCUUCGAUUUGCCGGACUCACCACGGUCUCCUUCCUUUCGACCUCUCUCUGCAAGCUUCUUCCCCUUACCGCAUCGGUCUGGUCUCCAUGGAAAGCUUCUGAGUUUGAACAGGAAUGUAAACUCAAGCGAGGAUUAUUUAUUCAAGAGGAAAAGAAAUGGGUAUAUCCAUACUUAUUGGGUUGAAGGCAACUACUCUGUUGUUGGCAUUUUACUUUGUCAGAGAACUGGGAGUAAACUUGAUUCAUCUACCACUUUUGCAUGCCUCUUUGGUUUCAUAUUUAAUUGCCAUUGCAUCUCUUCCAGCAGUGAAUCUUCCACUGCUUUUGGGAAAGAGUUCUGAUGGAAAGUUUCCUCUCUGGUCACUGAUCAUAUUCGGACCUUAUCUUUUGUUCAUUCGUUUAUUUGUGCUCUUGAGGAGAUGGAAGAGUGGGGAACCUUUGUACAGUGAAAUUUCUGAAGGUAUAUAUGUUGGUGGCUGGCCUACUUCCAUGGAUCAUUUGCCUCCUGGCAGACCUGCAGUGAUUGAUUGUACAUGUGAGCUACCUCGGAGCUCUGCACUUACUCCAAAUGGAUAUUUGUCUGUUGCCACUUGGGAUACAAGAGCCCCUCAACCGUCUCAAAUUGAAUCUGCAGUUCGUUGGGCAUGUAGAAAAAGGACACAGAAGGUUCCUGUAUACAUCCAUUGUGCCUUUGGUCACGGAAGAAGUGUGUGCGUGACAUGUGCUGUGCUUGUCGCAUUAGGUUUGGCCGACGAUUGGAAAAGUGCAGAGAAGAUUAUUCGAGGAAAGCGUCCUUUCAUAAUGAUGAACAAUCUUCACCGCAAAAACCUAGAAGAGUGGUCCAAACAUCGGCUAUCACCAAAAAGAGAUGGACUAUCAUCUGUUAGUUCUGCAAUUCUUUCUGAGAGAUCAUAAAGUGCAGUCAGUGUGACUACACACAUCAUGAAAGUGUUGUAUUCUGAAAUUUCUGAUUUUUGUGUUCUUCACAAAUCAUGUGUAAGACUAUUAUUUUCUAAAUUACAAACGUUUAUUAUUCA